AUGUCUAAUAAAUCUGAUCGAAUCCCUCGAGUAUUAUCAAUUCAAAGUCAUGUUGUUCAUGGAUUUGUUGGCAAUAGAUGUGCUGCUUUUAUUCUUCAGCUUUAUGGUUUUGAAGUUGAUAUUAUCAAUUCUGUUCAUUUUUCCAAUCACACUGGAUAUAAAACAGUAAAAGGUAGUCGAUUAACUGCUGAUGAACUUCGAUCUAUAUUUCAAGGCUUACUAGCAAAUGAAUUAUUAGAAUAUGACUAUAUUCUUACUGGUUAUAUGGGUUCUGGUGAAUUACUACAUGUAGUCGCUGAACAUAUCCGCUUAAUCAAAUCUAAAUCUCCUCAUAUUAAAUAUAGUAAAUAUAAAAUAUUUCGAAAAAAUAAAAAAUAUUUCUAUGUUUUUUCCUUAAAUAUUUAG